CUGGGCAAACGGAUUGUCAAGGCAGCCUUAACCAAGGGCCAUCCUACCUACGUCCUUCAACGGCGAGAGAUAGGUCUGCACAUGUAUACAUUAAUUCCUUUAUUUGUAAAGGAAUCAACCUAACCUAAUUAAGCUAAACCGAAUAGGUUAUAGCUAGCUUAUUCCAUCUCCAUCUACUGAAGUGUUUGGUGCCUGAAAGAGAAUAGAGAAUAUGGAAAAGAAGACGAAGAGAAAGAUCUUGGUUGUAGGGGGAACUGGGUACCUGGGCAAAAGGAUUGUGAAGGCAAGCUUAGCCCAGGGCCAUCCUACUUACGUCCUUCAACGACCAGAGAUAGGUCUUGACAUUGACAAGCUCCAGAUGCUGCUGAGUUUCAAGGAGCAGGGGGCGCUUCUCAUCUCUGCUUCCUUCUCUGAUCACCAAAGCCUUGUGGAUGCUGUCAAACAAGUUGACGUGGUAAUUUCCACCAUGUCUGGUGUGCAUUUCAGGAGCCACAAUCUUCUACUGCAGCUUAAGCUUGUUGAUGCCAUCAAACAAGCCGGAAAUGUUAAGCGGUUUUUUCCAUCAGAAUUUGGCAUUGAUCCGGCACGGAUGGGACAUGCAAUUGAGCCAGGAAGAGUUUCAUUUGAUGAGAAGAUGGCAGUGAGAAAGGCAAUUGAGGAAGCUGGGAUUCCCUUCACCUAUAUCUCUGCAAAUUGCUUUGCUGGUUACUUUGCAGGGAGCCUAUCGCAGCUUGGAACACUCAUUCCUCCUAAGGAAAAUAUACACCUCUAUGGAAAUAACAAUGUAAAAGCAAUUUAUGUAGAUGAAGAUGACAUAGCAACAUACACCAUUAAAACUGUAGACGACCCACGUACACUGAACAAGACAAUCUACAUCAGGCCACCAGAAAACAUCCUCUCGCAUAGAGAGUUGAUUGGAGUUUGGGAGAAACUAAUUGGCAAAGAACUAAGCAAGUCCAGCAUAUCUGAAGAAGAUUUUCUAGCUUCCAUGAAAGAUUUAGACUAUGCAAGUCAAGUGGGAGUGGGGCAUUUCUACCAAAUCUUCUACGAAGGUUGCUUAACAAACUUUGAUAUAGGAGAAGAAGAAGAAGCUUCAAAACUGUAUCCGGAAGUCAACUACACCAGAAUGGAUGAAUACCUGAAACGCUAUGUGUAGAAAACAAGACAGAAACACACCAUGCAGCAGCUAAUAAAGAUAGAAUAAAGUCCAUGUGCAAAAGGGCUCUCUGAUAUAACCAAGAAAAGUGCUACCAUGUCUGCAUUUAAGCUGUGCUUUCCAACUCCACAAGAUUGGAAAUGAUCUUCACUCUACUUUCUUUUUCUUUGUUCAUUGGUCCUGUUUUGAUCCAUCCAGACAUGUUUUCUGAUCAUCAGACAAAACAACAUUUGGCUCUAGUAGUUACAAAAGUUUGUGAGAACGAUUGAUUUCUUCA